AUGUCCAACGACAUCCCCAGCGGUGCACCGCUCGCAUCAGAUGAGCGAGACCGAAUUGAUUCGCUCCUCAAGACCCUACAAGGCAAUAUCGGGAAUAUUCUCGAUAGAGAGAGUCACGUCCAAGCGACGAUACGCAACCUUCAGAGUGAACUGAACGUAUACAAGCGUGCUUACGCCGACGUUGAUAAUGAACGACAACAGCUUGCGGCUCAGAAGCAGGAAGCCGAAAGGCAACGAGGCGAGCUGGAGCUUCAACUGAAGGGAAACCGAGUUGUGGCCCUCCUUGAUGGGGAUGGCACCAUAUUCUCAAGCAACCUCAUUUCCCAAGGCCAACCAGGCGGUCAUAUCGCGGCUCAGAAGCUGGCUGAUUCCAUUCUCCAACAUAUGAACGCUAAUUAUGGACUGAACCAAUACCAACUCUGGGUCUACGUCUUCUUCAAUAAACGUGGCUUGACUGAGGCCUUCGGGCGCUACGGCCUAGCUAAUUCGAAAGUCAAAUUCGACGAUUUCAUGCUGGGCUUCAAUCAAGCGGCCGAACGAUUCAUGAUGAUCGACGUUGGAACGACGAAGGAGGCAGCCGACGCCAAGAUCAAGGGCUGCCACGAUAAUGGCUAUGUCACGAACCUUCGUUCUCAAAUUACCGCAGGAUUCAAGCACAAGCUGAUCCUUUUGCAAAGCUAUGCGGAUAUGGCGGCCGGCAUAACUGAGCUCUGUUUACCCUCCAUGAGCUGCCCCGAUCUAUUCAUGCUCCAGAAGCUCGGCGCACAGUCAUUCGCGUCUGUUCCUUCUGCUGCACCUGCGGCCCAAGUCUCGUCGCCAGCUGUGUCUACCCUGGCCGCCUUACCACCGCAUGCUUCCCCCCCAUUGCAGGCGCGGUCGUUAGUCAUCUACCCGCCGGUCGACGGUGCCGCAGAAGGGCGAAGAGAGCCUUCAGCCUUGGGUCCGUUCCGAAAAGUUGAACGUCGAGAUUCCGUUGCAUCGAUUUCAAGUAGCUUCUCUGAGCGUCGCGAUUCCAUCUCAUUGUCGGGUGCUGCACCGCCGUUCAAACCCGAACGCCGCGACUCCAUUGUGUCCAAUUCGAGCGCAGUUAAUUUUGAAAGUCUGGAAGCUAAGACUUAUGUUGCCGCCGAAGCCAGCCCCCCUACACCACCCAUUGUUACCACCCUUCUUGGCGCGUCCCCGCCAUCCGUAGAUGCUUGGGAACUCCUGCCAUCCCAUGUUGCAUCUGUCGAGACUGCAUGCGAAGCUGAGACGAAGCGGCCAGCCCCAAGUUACUCCUCAGCCGUGAUGCGUCGUCCCCCCACUCCAGAGCUGGACUCCUCAAGCAGCAGUGAUGUAAGUGACUCAAGUGACGAGAAUCCAAGCCCAAGAAUUACGCCUGCCCGUCAUGUGAACCCGAAUAUACCGCUGUCGAAACAUAAACCGCCGCCAUGUACUCUUUUUUACCUCGCGAACUGCAAGUAUGGUAGCGAGUGCAAGUAUGCCCACAAUUACCUCCUCCAAGACGAUCAUUACACAGAGAUUCGGACCAACGCGAAGAAGGCCCCUUGUCCCUCUAUCAAUAAAGGUGAAACCUGCAUCUGGGCAGAAGCAUGCUGCUACGGGCAUGUUUGCCCAUCCGGACCCAGGUGCAUGUACUAUAAGCAGGGUCGCUGCAAGUUCACUGGCGUCGAUAUGCACAAGGAAGUCAAGGCCACCAAGUAA